ACAUAUCAUCGCGCUGAAGCCCCUCCUCCACCGAGGUUCCUCCGCCGGCUAUCCUUGAGCUCGGCUACGAAAAGCAUGCUCGUUGGUUCCGUCGCCUAGGCUGCUUCACAAGCAAUCUCCUGUCGCUCCGGCAGCCUCCCGGCGCGAUGGCCUCCAACCCCAACGGGCUCAGGCAGCCGUCCAUCGGCGCCUCCGUUCCCCCGUCGCCAGCAACCUCCCGAUCGCGCCGCGACUCCACCACGUCGCUUGCCGGGUCCUCCCACGUCGACCGAGAACAGCUCGCUCUCGCGCUCGACAAGAUUCACACAUCGGCCAGCCAGUCGGAUGCCCUUACCACCUUCAACGACUUUGCUCCUCCGCCGGCUUCGUUGCCCAGCUCCGAGACCAAGGCAACGGCGGGCGAUCUUGUGCAGCAGGGCCUGAGUGGCCUAUAUACCCGGUUCAAGGAGGUCGUCGGUGCCGUGGGUAAGGGCUCUGCUCAGGAGGUGGAUGAUGGCAACAACAGCCAGGAUGGGGCCUCCAAGAAGAGCGUUACCACGGGGGCAUCCUCAGUGACGUCGCCUCUUCUGAGGGGAGAAAGCGUUGGGAAAAGCUCGACGCUCGAGUCCGCCACGUCCUCGGACAUUCCACCACCCAGCUGGCCGUCCGCUGUGGGUGCCGUGGCUUCCGAGUUGCCAUCACCUGCCCCGCAGGCUUCGAAAGCCUCUUCGAGCACCACCGCCUCCGCCACGAAGACUCCCGCGCCGAGCGUCCAGAGUCUACCCAAAAUCGCAAAGACUGCAGCGGCGACCACGUCCAACGCUGCUUUAACGCCCGUCACGGUUCAGGGUCUGAUGGAUAUGGAUGCCGCCCGGGCUGGGGCAACACGGGUGGAAGACCUGCCCGGUCGAAAGGCGGGUCGUAGAAGUAUAAGCAAACCAACGGACUCAGCGACAAACAUCAUCCCCUCCGGGAAUGCAAGCUCAGACAGUGUGACCACCGGUGACGGGAUCGUCCUGACAAAUCGGACAAGAAGGGAUGAUGCGCUCAGCGUUGAUGGGAGUAUCGAUGCCCCGCGAAGUCCGGUUCAGCCCUCGGCCGAGGCGCAUGCUUCCGCUUCCUCAUCCCAACUUCCCUCGGCGGAUGUCGUGCGGAAGCCAGCGGUGAUCGACCGCAUCGCGUCCUCGAGAGGCCGCAGCCACUCGAGAUCCUCGUCGACGGAGCCUGGUGCUGCCGAAGCGAGCCCCAUCAUUACCUCUGCCCAUAGUUCAGUGUAUCAUGUCUCUUUCGCCCACAACGAACGCCCGCAGAUGCUGCGGUCUGGCUUCAUGAAGAUCCCGGGGACGACCGCCAACGAAGGUGCGCCAGAAAAAGUCAAUGCCAGGCUGGAACAAAUGCGAAAGCAGGUUCUCAGCAAGGAGUUCUGGAUGGCCGACGAGACCUGCAAGGAGUGCUUCCUAUGCGGCACGCCCUUUACUGCCUUCCGGCGCAAACACCACUGCCGCAUAUGCGGUUGCAUCUUUGACUCCAAAUGCACGUCCAACAUCUCGGGCCAAAAGAUCGGCGUCCCCGGAACUCUGCGAGUCUGCAAGACCUGCCUCGACGUCAUCAAUCGCCGAUAUGACAGUGGCUCGGACGAUUCGGCCGACGAGUCCUACCUUCCAGCGAUCUUCCGUGCCAGCCAGCCCAAAGCCUCUCCGGUGACCGCGAAGCCGCGGACUGACGACGAGACGAGCAUAUCGGAGCGGACUGAGCAGGCAGACGACACCCGGACCGCCGUCACGCCGAUGAUGGCCAUCCCUGCGACGAGGCGUGUUGGAGACAACAACCGCCACUCGGCAAUUCUGGAGAUCGACAUGCCCCAGCUCAGCAGGCCUAGCUCGUCACGGUCGCUGAAAUCCCUCUCAACCGGCCGGCCGCAGUCUUCAGGCCAUCGCCGACACCAUUCCAAGCACAAUCUCCUGACGCGAUUCAAAACGCCGGCAGACGACAGGGCCCCGUUUCGCAUGCCUGCCGGCGAGGAGCUGGGGAAAAAGUCCAAUGUCAACGCCUUCCACGCCGACAAUAUCAUCGACCCCGAGCUAGCGGACUACAUGUCUGAUGAGUCGAGCGAGGAUGAACAGAUGAGCAGCAUUUUUGCCACAAUGGACGGCGGCGAUGUCCAGCCCGCCAGCCUUGAUCCCGGCCGGUCGAGUUUCGGCACCUACUUGAGCGCAGGAAGGAAGCAUCGGUUUCGCCCUGGCGAGAAGAGCGUGAGCGGGUUCAGUCAUGUGAGCCGCGGCCAUGAGGAGGGCGGCGGCCUCCAGAAUCUGCCGGUCCACGCCCGGCCGCCCCGAAGGAGAAACCUCAGCAUCGCGAGCGCCAGUGUCCAUCAUUUGCGCUCUCCAAGGCCAAAGUCAAUCGUCGUCAAAGGGGCCUCGGCCUCGGCUGACACACUGUCCAUUUUCGAAGGUGGCAUCGAAGCUCCAGGGCUCAAACGAAGCGACUCCAUACCUGACGGGAAAGCUAGCGAGCAAGGUCUGAAUCCCGCCAGCCUACAGCACGUGAAGAAACUCUUCCGACAGCUCCUACAAGACGCCAAUAUUCCCAAUUCGGCGGGUUGGGAACGGUCGCUCAUCCCCAUUCUCGAUAGAUGCGCGGACGACAUCGACCCGGACGUCCGGAACGGGGACGACAUGGACAUUCGGCACUGGGUGAAGUUGAAGAAAAUACCAGGAGGCAAGCCCGGUGACACUGCCUACAUUCACGGAGUCGUCUUUACCAAGAACCUGGCCCUGAAGAGCAUGCCGCGCAAAAUCCGAAACCCGCGAAUAGUCAUCAUCACCUUUCCGCUCGAGUAUCAGCGCCACCCGGAGCAGCAUUUUAUGAGCUUGCAGCCGGUCAUCGAGCAGGAAAAGGAGUACCUGAGGAUGGUUGUCAACCGAAUCCUCAACCUGGAACCCCAUGUCUUGCUGGUCCAGAAAAGCGUGGCAGGGCUGGCUCUGCAGUAUCUCUCCGAGGCGAACGUCGCCGUUGCGUACAACGUGAAGCCGUCCGUCAUCGAAGCCGUGGCCCGCAUUGUAGACAUGCCCGUCAUUUCUUCCAUGGACAUGCUCAGCCUUGGGGCUCGGGUGGGCAUGUGCGAGAGCUUCGAGGUCAAAACCUUUGUGAACAGCGAAAUCAGGGGCAAGAAGAAGACCUACGUCUUCAUAUCCGGCUGCCCGAAAGACCGAGGCUGUACCAUUGCGCUCCGCGGCGGCUCCACCGAGAUACUCUCCCGCAUGAAGCGCAUCACCGAGUUCAUGCUCUAUGUCGUCUACAAUCUGAAGCUCGAGUCCUGCCUCAUGCGCGACGAAUUCGUCCAGAUCCCCUCCGAGACAGACUCGGCUGCACUGUCGACCUCGACCUCCUUCCAGCGAACCGAUGAGAGCCCCGGACAAUGGGCGAACGGUGCCCCCGUUCACCCUCUCGGCCGUCCAUCCAUCCUUCCUACGCGGCAGGGCACGGAGAGCGAGGACCCCAUGCGACCCAACGACAGCGCGAAUGCCACUGCUGAUUCCGAACCGUCCUCCGUAGACCCUGGUGUUCAAUCCUCUCCGGAGCCGGCCCGCACGUCGAUAUCGAUGCACGAAUUGCACUCGCAUGUCCAGGUUCCCGACGACACGCCCGCGGCAGUCUUUCACAGCGACAUGGUGGAAAAGUACAAGACGCGAGUCUUAUCCGCGUCACCGUUCGUCAGAUUCAGGCAACCCUAUCUGCUGGUCAAAGCACGGGAGCAGGAGCGGCGCGCAGCAUAUUUGAAACGCCUUCUCGAGCAAGAACAAGUGGACGAGCCUGACGAGGCAGAGAAGCCGAGGCAGGAAACUUUUCAGCUGGUCAAGCCGGAGAUGGUGCACGGGGUUGAGCAGAAGGCUUCCCGGAAGGUCAUGGAGGUUCUCCAUGCCGUCCAUGAGGCCGAGUAUGACCGGGCUUUGCACAGUUACCGAACGCAGGCGAAGCAGUGGGAUGCGUAUACCCACGGAAGCCUUGAUCUCUUCGAUCCCUACUCCCACCAGAAUAUUGUGGUCCUGUACUCAGUCACUUGCACGGCGACAAAGAUACCAUGCUCGGAGCCCAGCUUGAUUGCCAUCGAAUUCUACAACGAACACCCCGAUCCGAACGGGAGCAUGGAUCAGGACUGCACGUUGGGUCAGUACAUCGAAGACAUCUGCGAGGGUGCUGAGCUCAUCUGCCAUUCGAACGGCUGCGAACGGAAAAUGUAUGAACAUCACCGCACCUACGUCCAUGACAACGCCCGCCUCACCAUCAUCUUGGAGACGUCACCCGCCUGGCCCGAAAACUUCCCGGAGAAACCUCAAGACAGAGAUGGCGGCAACGGCGGGACUGGCAUAUGCAUGUGGAAUUACUGCAGGCAUUGCAAAAAGCAUUUCGGGCUUAUGCCCAUGUCUGUGAGCACGUGGAAGUACUCGUUCGGCAAAUACCUCGAGCUGUCGUUCUGGAGUCAGGGUCUCCAGUUGAAUCCUCAGGCCGAGUGUCCGCAUGACCACCAGAAGGACCACAUUCGCUUCUUUUACUAUCUGUAUCGCGACAUCGCCGUCAGAGUGCACUAUGACCCUAUCGAUCUCUAUGAGAUCGUCGUGCCACGGACAAAAGUCACCUGGAAGGUAGAUUACGACCUGAAACUCAAAAACGAUGUCUUCACCAAAGCAGAGGAGCGUUGGAACCGCUUCAUGAAUUCGGUCAGGUCCAGGCUCAAAAGCAUCCGCAUCGACAGCGUGCUUCCCGAGAAGGCCGAAGCCUGUAGGGCCGAGGUUGAGAGACUGAGCAAAAAGGCGCAGGAUGACCAGCCGGAGCUGAUUCGAGCGCUCCAGGAGGCCUACAUGAACUCCAAAUACUACGAAGUCAUCCCCCUCAACGCCGUGAUCCGCGAAAUGUUGGAGAAGGUGACGGACUGGGACGCUGCCUUUGCCGCGUUUGAAGCCGAGUUUCUCUCCGACAAGGAUGUUCGCCAGUUGACUAUCCUCCAACUGAAAAAGAUAUUUACCGACCACGAAUCCAAGGAGUCCCUGCCGAGCACGGAGACGUCUACCCUAGUUGGAUCCGAGGCUGACGAAAAGACCACGCCCGCGACGACCCCGCCUGGCGUUUCCGAAGUCGAAGAGAACCCGUCCCCCACUUUAACGAGGGAUCUCAGCCAAGCACAAGAAGCUCCUCCGUCCCCAUCUACACAACCCGAGCCCAGUUCCAAAGAGGCGGCGGUCGUCCAGGCGGACGAGCUCCUAGAGAGAGUCGAUCCUUUGGAUCUUGCAACGCCGCGCUCGUCCACUGGCGCGAGAAUUGGCCCCCCUCCCGCGGUCGCAGCACGGGAGGCAGUCAAACUACUCAGCGACCAGUCCUCGGUUAACUCGGCUCCCACUUCUGGUUCCACAUCUUCCCUCACAGCGAAAGGUGGUGUAAUGCCGCCGCCCCCGGCGCCAAGCCAGUUGUCGUUGACAGAAAAAGUAGAGCAACUGCGCCGGGAGCAGCGGACACUGGUGAACGACGUUAACGGCUCGGUUCCGGGUGCUGCGAACGCCAGCAGCAUUCCCCAGCCCGCGGUGGAACGCGCGCCAGCCAGGCGCGUCGGGGCGACUGCGUCACCCCCGAUGGUUCGUGCAAUAUCUCAGCCAGGAGGGACAUUGCCGAGGACACAGUCGGCGAUUGGUAAGCUCCUGAAGGAGCAGAAGGCGCAGGAUGCGGGAGCCGAGACCCCGAAGUCAUCAGCAGAUAGCGUGCUGAAGGGCGACAAGAAGUUCGCCGACCGCAUUGGUCUGGGAGCCUUGAAGAGCCACCGUAAGGCGGGGCCUUCUGGGAUUCCGCGAUACGUCCACAAGAGGGAAUCCAAGGUCUCGACGCUCGCGCGUCACUUUGAGCAGUUGAGCCGGGAGUUCGAAAAGGAGAGGAUGAAGGACCGCAAACAGCGCGCUGCCAAGAUGCACCAUACUCGCGCCUUCUUGCCGCGUUCUUCCACCAAGACGAUAGUAGAAGUCUACAAAGACGUUGACCAAGCUGUUCAGGAGCCGGGGCCGUCGGACGAUGACCAAAUUCCAGAUAGGGAACGGGGAGAGAAGCAGAGCGGGGAGACCUCAACUGCAACCGAGUCCACUCCCGCCGAGUCGCAGCAAAGCAAGGCGUCGGCGUCGGAAGCGGAGCCCAGCUCGCCGCAGGAAGCGCCGUUGCAGACACCGCAACCAAACCAAGGAGCAACGCAGACAGAGACGGAGAGCAACCGGCAAGAGAGCCGGGCCGGAACCGAUGACGAAGGCGCAGAGAGCGACGGGGAUAGCGCUGCCAUCACGCUUGACGACAUCUUGCCGGAUGUAAAAGAAAUCCCGGAGGAGCUGCCGAAGCACGAAAAGAAGAGCCUCAUGACCAUGCUCACCAACUUCUGGGCCGAGCGCUCGGCCAGCGGCUGGCCGCAGCUGGAGUAUCCGAUCAACGCGACGGACCACAUCUUCUUCGACUCGGACGUGAUCAUCAAAGAGGACGAGCCAAGUUCGCUUGUAGCUUUUGCGCUCAGCUCCGAGGAUUACACGUCGAAGCUUGCCGAGAUCCGGCAGAGGUGGGAGGUUUCGAAACAGCCCGACGCCGACGAUAGCAGCGACGGCCUGGAAAUGAAAGGGUUGCAGGGCUCGAAUGGGGAUGCGCCCGAGGCCGGAAGCGCCACCGAACACGAUGUGGAGCUCGAGAAGAGCCUGCUCCGGCCGACGGGGAUGCACGUCAAGUACCAGUUCACCGAAGGGUCGGCGAAGAUGAUGUGCCAAAUCUUCUACGCCGAGCAGUUCGACGCCCUCCGGCGCAAGUGCGGCAUAGCCGACCGGUUCGUCGAGUCCCUCUCGCGGUGCUUGAAAUGGGACUCCAAGGGAGGCAAGACGAAGUCCGUCUUUCUCAAGACGCUGGACGACCGAUUCAUCCUGAAGUCCCUCUCGCCGAGCGAGACGUCUUCGUUCCUCCGGUUCGCGCCCGACUACUUCAGCAUCAUGGCCGAAGCGCUCUUCCACGACCUGCCGUCGGUGAUCGCCAAGAUGUUUGGCUUCUUCCGCGUCUUCAUCAAGAAUCCUCUCACCAACACGGACAUCAAGCUCGACCUGCUGGUCAUGGAGAAUCUGUUCUACGACCGGUACCCCAGCCGCACGUUCGACCUCAAGGGGUCGAUGCGCAACCGCAAAAUCCAGUCGACGGGCGAGCAGAACGAGGUGCUGCUCGACGAGAACAUGGUCGAGUACAUCUACGAGUCGCCGCUAUUCGCGCGCGAGCACUCGAAGCGGCUGCUGCGGGCGUCCGUGUUCAACGAUACGCUGUUCCUGGCGAAGCAGGACGUGAUGGACUACUCGCUCAUGGUGGCGGUGGACGAGAUCAGGAAGGAGAUUGCCGUGGGCAUCAUCGACUGCAUCCGGACCUACACGUGGGACAAGCAGCUCGAGAGCUGGAUCAAGAACCGCGGGUUUGCCGGCGGGGGGCGGAAUCGGCCGACGGUGACGAGUCCGCGGGAGUAUAAGAGCCGCUUCAGGGAGGCUAUGGCGAGGUAAGGACUCUCUCUUUCUCUCUCUGGAUAGCACUGCUUCUGGUUGGUGAUGCAGGGAGUGCUAAUGCGUGUG